GAUACAAUAUCGCCCAUUGCUAUUCGCAACUCUCGCAGCGAAAAAUUGUUUUGUGAAAUUGGUAAAUCCUUUCUGUGGUCUAAUUAUAAAAAUGCUGCAACAGCGUAGCAUAUUUUGAAACCUCCAUAAAAUGUCCGGGCACGGCCGUUCAGUGUUUAUAAAUUCAUGCAUCAAGAAGCCCUUGAAUCCAACGAACAGACAUCCCAAUCCGUCCUAUCUUGUGCCACAGUGCAGCCUGGAUCGUGGCUCGGACGAUCCUCAGUUUCAGAACAAUAUGAACGCGAUAACUCGCAAGAAAGCUAACAGUAAGUGUCCUCUAGCUCGCACAGGACACCAGCGUAAAGCAAAAUGCUGCUCAAUCACUCAACAGCUUCGAAAAGAAUCAGACAACUUCCAAUCGCUAGUGGAGUUCUACGACAGUAUUCCAGACUACAAUGAGUUGAACCAUUUACCAAAUAAAGAAUUUUACUGCAAGCUAGGCACCCUUCGAAGGAAACAGAGGGAGCUCGGAUUCACGUGCUCGAAUAGUUUCGAGAAGUGCAAUAGAGUUGAACCAACUACCGGCGAUCAAAAUGAAGAUAACGAUUCGCUUCAUUCCUGGAGCAAGUCAUCACCCCAAUCUGUGGAGGAAAAUCGCGCAACAACACCUCGGAAAAGCUCAGCAAAGUUUGUUCGCAUAGAAUCGAGCAAGAACGAUGACAAAAGCGACUUUGAGAUUAGAAAUUCGCGUAGAAAAUUUCGCGCGGGGACACCUUUCGUUUCUGACCACGAGGAUAGUACGAAAAAUGUCUCCCCGGGUAAUACGCCGAUAAAUUCGCAUUUUAUUGAACGCUACGAUUGCUUCGUCAAACGUAAUCUGCGCAGUAAGUCAGCUUCACCAAUAAGGAACUACUCAAACAUAACCAUUCCUCAACCAUAUAAAAUGACCCAACGCGAGGAAGAUAAACGAGCCGUGCAAGAACUUCUCAUCGCAAGCAGAAACGCAUUUUCUUCCUCGAAAGAAACCAUCAAUAAGUUACCUUCUACUCAAUUCAAAGCGAAUCCGGUCCCGAUCACUUCCCGCAUCCGGCUGUUUGACACCAUCAUGGCAGAACAGGAAUAUCGUAACCGUCUGGCGAAACUUAACUCCGAAAUAGAACUGCAGCAGCAAAUGAAGCCAUUCCAUUUUAGCGAACGUCUGAAUCGUCCGAAUAGUCGUUGUCUUAGCAGAAGCUUAUCAUCUCCCGCGUUGCUUACCACAGGGUUUGAAGCAGAACCGAGAAUCACCACCACAGCAUUCAAAGCCAAACCGUGCCCGAAGAACCUCUUCAGUAACUAUUUUUACUUUAAAAUGUGGGAAGAUGAAUACUUUCGCAACAUGAGCAAACGGGUGCGGGCCGAGGAACUCCUGAAACAGGCUUCACUUCCACCUUCGAUGGCUCGUCGUGAACGAGCGCAACAAAGCGGCGAAGUGCUGCUGGGCAAGCGGAAGAGCAAACGGAAGCGUAAAUCAAAGCGAAGUGCGAUGCGCAAAAAAAGCAACGAAGAACAGUGUACAGUUAAGAACCUGGCUGGCUCCGGUACUCAUGCGAAGGAUUCGAUAAAGCCUUUAUAUCCAUCCAGCAACUCGAGCUGUAGCAUUAGCACAGAAACGCCACACCUCGCCGGUACGGAGGCGACACCGAUUUACCCUGUCAACCGACCGAACUUAGCUGCUACAUUGCGCACGGAAUGGUGCCGCAAGAAGUUACGCGAGCUGGAUCUCGAUGAAGACGGACUCCAGAAGAAGACACCCAAAUUCGAGUGGGGCGUAAAGAAAUCACAGGCAUUCCAAAACUUGACGUUCGAUACCACUCAUCAAGAGGAGCUGAACUUGCGUCUCGCGACACGCCGGGCGGAACAGAAACUCCGCCAGGAAGAGCAUGCCAUCAAUAUGGAGCUCAUGCGUCAACGCGUGAAAGCGGCUCCCCUGCUGCUUGAAGGUCCUCCCCAGUGGGGACCACGUUUGGGUCAUGUAGCGCAUCGUUGUUUGACCAGUUCCGAUCCACUGUUUCAAAAAUCAACUAAAAAUAGAGAAGCCAAAAAAGGCUUAGUUGGAGGGAAACGACGAGAUUCGGCCAGCUGCAACCGAACCGAAAAUGAGCAUCGCCAGAGCCAUCGUUUUCGUGAUAGACAGCGUUGCUCCAGUAGUAGCAAAUUAAGCAACUAUUCGUUGGAGUCUUUUGGGCAGAACAGUUCGAAGUUAUGCGACAGCGACAUGAUGGGCAAGAUAGAUGACGAAUUGGAUAGCUCUACAUAGAAUGGUUGAACAAUCAAUAAUAUAUGAAAAGUUACUUCAGCUCAACUAUUGUGGUAACUAGAAAAUGUUAUGUUCAAAUGGUUCGAAUAAAAAUAGCACGUGUGCUUGAAAUCACUGAUUCACAAUUAA